ACGUACCCCACGCGACCCCUCGUUGCCCGGGCUGAAGAGGUGCAGCGGGGUACCAAGCAACUCAAACCAGCGCCUUCAAUUCUCAGUCCCCUCUUGAUUAACUUAUCCAGGUACUGAAAUCUCAUCUUGCUUCUUGCACUACAAGGCUUUCUUAACUACCAACAGAAGGCUCCCACAGCACUACCGCCUGUCACUCCGCUGGCAGGCAGGCAGGCUGGCAGGCAGACACCAGCACAUCUAGGUUCCCAUACUCACAGGGACUACGAGAGACCAAGAAGUUUGUCUUUCAGCACACACCUUCAUCAUGCCGCAACGUGGAACCCGUGAGGCUACCCAUGCCGGCAGCUGGUACGAGCGCCGGCCAGAUGUAUUGUCGCGCCAGCUCGACGGUUACCUCGAACAGGUGCCCGCGGCGAUACAUGGCAAGCAGCUGCCCAUCCCCAAGUCCAGAAUCAUCAUAGCUCCACACGCGGGCUACUCUUACUCUGGCCCUUGUGCUGCCUGGGCGUACAAGUCACUCGACCUAUCCGCUGCCAAGCGUAUCUUCGUCCUGGGGCCUUCCCACACCUAUUACCUGAAAGGGUGUGCACUGAGCACGUUUGCAAGCUACGACACGCCCUUUGGCAAGCUGGAGGUGGACGACCAGACCGUCGAGGCGUUGCGCGAGACGGGAAAAUUUAGCGACAUACCUGCGUCGAGCGACGAGGAUGAGCACAGCCUGGAGAUGCACUUGCCGUACAUAUGGAAGAGGCUAGAGCAGACACAUGGCGAUUGCGGUCCGGAGAGGUACCCACCCAUCGUGCCAAUCCUAGUCGGCGACAACAGCGGUGCCAAGGAGAAGGAAUUCGGCCACUUGCUGGCCAAGUACCUCGAGGAACCGUGCAAUGCCUUUGUGGUGUCCUCGGAUUUCUGCCACUGGGGGUCGCGCUUCUCGUACACGGCCUAUGUCCCGUCCGCCGACAAGCUAGAUCAACUGAGGGUGCUUUCGAGGAGAUCGGCGGAGACCGAGACGCCCAUCCACGAAGGAAUCAAGGUGUUGGACGAGCUGGCCAUGGAAGCGGUCGCUUCGGGGGAGCAUGACAGGUUUGUCGAAAGCUUAAAGAUUACCAAGAAUACGGUUUGCGGGCGUCAUCCUAUCGGGGUGACGAUGGCAGCCAUGGAAGCUGUUGGGGCGGGGCCCUUCCAGUUCCUGCGAUAUGAGAGGAGCAGCCUGGUUGAGAGGCUUGACGAUUCGAGUGUCAGCUAUGCGUCAUUCUACGCCACCGCUUGAGAAGUAGGUAUCCUUGGUGGUCUUCCUGGUGUUUUCACAUAGACCAGACUGGCGCGCUGGGAGAGGCAUGUCCACGGAAUUACUAGUAUGCAUUCUCAGGGGCAAUCGAUCAAUCAACCGCUGUCGGGUGGGGCGCCCAUUUGAAUCUCCUCUAUUAGCUGUCCUUGACACAAUGUGGGAGUAAGGGAUGAUUUACAGGCCCUCUUUUCUUGACGCCUUGUAGCCAAGUGACCAGUUCAAUGUCCUGUCAGCAAAAGUACGGGGUGCUUGUUCUUAACGGCUUGGUCGAUGUAGCGUGUAACAAUUUACCAUCCAUUGCCUCUGCUUGCAAUAUUAAUUGUGGGGCCUGCCGCCGUCUCUGCCAUAGAUCUAUAAUAUUUUAUCCCAGGACAGACCAUCCCAGAGGUUGUCAGCUUGGAGAUGACUGUCCGCCCAAAGGCCCAAAGGGCUGUUCCACGAGGUUCCCAGGGGUUAGAGGCCUGCGCCUUAGUCUUCCAUCGUAUAAGAAUUUGUCCCGUAGGAGGAUAGGAGGUUGGGCCACGCGGACCCGCGAGGGCCAACAUGUUGAAUGCAAGCCGUGAAUGCUGUCGCUGGGUGGGCAGACGGGUCAUGGUGCUGCACGGAGUGAUUCGACGAUGUCUCAGGGCGACUUGCAACAAUGACGGGGACCGGGACCGAGGCCAGGGGAACAGGCUGAGGCCAGGGCGAACCCGGGGACCGGGACGCGGUGCGGCGCGGCAUUGGGCCGUCUGCCUUGACACAGGGACGGAGACACACGCCUAUAUGCAGCUAUGCCGUGUGCAGCCAGCCGGCACUUAUUAUUAUCAUAAUUAUGGGUGGCUGCUUCAUCCCAAGUCGAAAACCGCCAGGGUAACGUGGGCUCGCUUGGUGAUGCCUCAACGCGGCCAGUGGCGACCAAGGCGCCCGGGGCGGGGGGGGGGUGGUGGUCCUGUCCUGGCGCUGGCUGGGCGGAGUGGGUUGUUUCGAGACUGCCAGCAGUGAGCACGCAGCAGUCAGCACGCAGCAGUCAGCGUCUGGUUGCAGCGGGAGUGGGUGUGGCCUGGUGUGGCAGCUGUGUGGGCUGUGCGGUUCAUCUUUUGGCCAAACAAGCCUGGCGCCGAUCGACAUGAUGAAACUGGCGCCGUGAACGGCCCUGGUCCCUGCUACCUGCCACCUGCCCACCUGCCCCAUGGUCUCUGGUCUCAGCUCGUCCUCGCAACUCUUCGCUGCUUUUUGGACCGCCAGGACCGCAUGAUUGAUUGAUUGCUGUGCCGCUGCAACGCCACUAGCAAUGAGGCACUUGGGCAAUCCAAUACCCGCCCGCUCAGUCGCUGUCGAGACCACGCCCAGAUUGCACCAUGUCAGGCGGCCAGCGGUGCGAGGGAAGCGGCGCCUCAGCUCGUAUUGGUUGGUGGGUUGCCGUGUAGUAAUAACAAAUCCAUGGAGAUUGCAAUGGGAC